GGCGCGCUUUUGAAGUCCCGGGAGUCGGGGUCCAGGACACACCCCUCUCCGUGCUGCGAGAUGUCCCAGCCGAGCGCUUCCCGGAGGACCCGCGAGGAAGUGGAUGCGACGCUGCAGGUCGCCAAGCUGAACGCCGCCGAGCUGCUGCCCACGGUGCACUGCCUGAGCUUCGGCUCCGGGACCGGCGGCGCGGCCACCGGCGACUUCUGCCUCCUGGAGCUGGAACCAGCACUGUGCCAGCAGCUGGAGGCUGGGGACAGCUUUGUGAUCCGAGGAGAUAAGGAUGAACAGGCUGUGUUGUGCAGUAAAGACAAAACCUACGACCUGAAGAUAGCAGACACAUCCAACAUGCUGCUUUUCAUCCCUGGAUGCAAAACUCCAGACCAGCUGAAGGGGGAGGAAACACCAAGUACCGUCGUUCACACGGAGAUCUUUGGCUUCUCUAAUAAUUAUUGGGAAUUAAGAAGAUGCAGACCUAAGAUAAAAAAGCUAAAGAGACUUCUAAUGGAAAAUGCCUACGAAGGCCCCGACAGUCAGAAAGAAGAGGAUGCAAGCCGUUCAAAAUAUACAACUGAAGAUUUGCUUAAUCAUAUUCAGGCAAGUGAGGAGGAGAUAAUGGCUCAGUUACAAGUCCUAAAUGCCUGUGAGAUUGGAGGUUACUGGAGGAUUCUUGAGUUUGAUUAUGAGAUCAAACUUCUGAACCACGUGACUCAGCUUGUGGAUUCUGAAUCCUGGUCUUUGGAUAGAGUCCCCUUGACUGUGUGCCUGCAGGAGCUUGGACCUUUGGAGCCAGAGGAAAUGAUUGAACACUGUCUUAAAUGCUACGGAAAGAGAUACGUGGACAAAGAUGAAGUCUAUUUUGAAUUGGACGCUGACAAAAUAUGCAGAGUGACCGCGGAGAUGCUGCUGCAGAAUGCCGUGAAGUUUAAUCUGGCAGAGUUUCAGGAAGUGUGGCAGCAGAGUGUUCCCGAGGGAAUGACAACUCGCCUUGAUCAGCUCAGGGGUUUAGCACUGGUUGACAGAAACUCAAGACCAGAAAUCAUAUUUUUGCUCAAAGUAGAUGAUUUGCCUGAGGGAACACAGGAGCGUUUUAAUAGUCUGUUCUCUCUAAGAGAAAAGUGGACAGAGGAAGACAUCGCUCCAUAUAUCCAAGAUUUGUGCGGAGAGAAGCAAACUAUAGGUGCGUUGCUUACUAAAUAUUCUCGAUCCUCAAUGCAAAAUGGCAUCAAAGUUUAUAAUUCCAGGAGACUCAUUUCUUAAAAGAACGAUAUACAACUUUAUAAAGUUGCUGGAUACAAUAAAAAAAUUCUUUUGCA